AUGGAUGCGAUCUCCUUCGUAUUGGGUGUGAAGAGUGGACAACUGCGGUCCAGCCAACUGAAGGACUUGAUUUAUAGAGGCCGAAGGCUCGGUACAGAGGAAGUGGAUGGAGAGUCUGAUCUGAGUGACCCAGAUCAUGAGGCGAGGAGCGAGGAAUCGGGCAAGCGGGCGUCGGUCACUGCAGUGUUCCGAGAUGGCAAGGCCAUUGAGCACCGCUUUCAGAGAACCAUCCACCUCUCAGGGAGUAGUGAAUACCGCAUCAACGGCAAGUCCAUAUCCUAUGCCCAGUACAACAGCAAGCUGGAGCAGUACAACAUUUUAGUCAAGGCGAAGAACUUUCUAGUGUUCCAAGGUGAUGUGGAAGCCGUCGCUUCGCAAAACUCCAAGGAUUUGAGCAAGUUGGUGGAUCGAAUCAGCGGGUCGCUUGAUCUGCAAGACGAAUACGACCAAGCCAAGGCGGCUAUGGAGAAGGCUGUUGACAAUUCUACCUUCAACUUCAACAAGCGGAGAGGUAUCAAUUCAGAGCUGAAACAAUUCAAGGAGCAGAAGACUGAGGCAGAGCGCUACGAGCAACUGCUUGACGAAAAAGAUGCUCAUGUCCUUCAACAGAUCUUGUGGAAGUUGUACCACCUGCAGCAAAACAUGACCACGCAGCUGGAGACAAUCGGCGAGGUCAGCGAGAAGCUGGACGAACUCCGCGAAGCGCAUGGGGUUGAGGAGCACGGCGUCAUCAGCGCGAAGAAGGACGUGGCCAAAGUCCAAAAAGACAUGAUCAAGCAAGAGAAGGCAAUGAAGCGUGCAGAGACAGAGUUGGCCGACAAGCAACCGGAGCUUGAUGCGGUAGAGACGCGCCUGGCCUAUUCCCGUCGCACGGCCGAGAAUGCCGAGUCGUUGAUUGAGCGCAUUAAGGUCGACCUUGUCAAGCACGGAGCCGCGGUGGAGAAGCUCCAGAAAGACCGAGACUUGGCCCAAGCAGCGGCAGACCACGCAGCGGAAGAACGCAGGCUGGCGGCACAAAAGGAGGGCGUGACGCUGAGCGAAGGCGAUCUUGCAGAAUACCAAGAGCUGAAGGCCACAGCGGAAGCAAGAGCCAUCUCUGAGCGUCAGCAGCUCGACUCCAUCACACGACAGAUCCGUACGAGGCAAGAGGCUCUACGAAAUGUCAACGACCAGCUUCGCCAGCUUCAUUCUCAGAAGGAACAUCUGGAGCAAGAGCGUGAGCAGCAACAGACCCGACUUGAUCUCUCCUCAGCGCGCAUCAACACGGUUGAAGCCAACUUGCGAGAUGUCCGGUCAGAUGCAGAAGCGGUACAAAGGGAAAGGGAACGUAUUCGGAAACGUGAAGCCGAAGUCAAUGGUAUCCUCACGGAGUGCUACAACAAACUCCUUCAGGCAGGCCAUGACCGAAAGGAAAGCGAGAAAGAGGCAAAGAUGAGAGAGACAAUCAUGACCCUGCAAAAAAUCUUUCCAGGGGUGCGUGGCAGGGUGAUCGACCUUUGCGAGCCCACGCAGCAAAAGUAUGCCGCCGCAAUUUCGACAGUGCUUGGACGCAACGCCGACUCUAUUGUUGUGGAGUACGAAAAGACCGCCAUCGACUGCAUUGAGUAUCUCCGCAAUCAACGAGUAGGGCAGGCCACAUUUAUCCCGCUCGACACGAUCCAGAUCAAGCCCAUGAACGAUCGGCUCCGCAGUAUCGCCAAGGGUGCUCGUCUCGCAUUCGAUAUUGUCAAGUACCAGCCGAAUGUACAGCGAGCCAUCCAGCAUGCGUGCGGCAAUGCGCUUGUAUGCGACGAUAUGACUGUCGCUCGUUACGUGGUCUACGAGCGCAAACAGGAGGUCAAAGCCGUCACGCUUGAUGGCACGGUCAUUCACAAGAGCGGUCUGAUUACUGGUGGUCAGUCUGGGCAGAGUCCGACGCGAAGAUGGGAGGAACGAGAAAUGCAGGGUCUGCACCGUCAACGCGAGCAGUGCAUCUCUGAGCUCAAGGAUCUGCAAAAGGAGAAGCGCAACAUUGGUAGUGAUGAUGAUAUCAUUGCAAAGAUCGGUCACUUCGAAGCUGAGCUUGCAGCCGUACGAGACGAGCACCGUGCCACGUCAGGCAAGUUGCAAGGUGCCAAGGACGAGCUCAAGGUGGUCGAUGCGCAGAUCAAAGAAAUCGAGCCAAAGAUCGCAGGUGAACAGAUCGCGGCCGAAAAGGCAGAAUCAAAAGCCACUCGCCUCCGCAGCAAGGUCGAGCAGGAAGAGGACCAGGUAUUCUCGGCCUUCUGUGCUCGCAUCCGCGUGGCCAACAUUCGCGAGUACGAGCAAGAGCAGCUAAGGAUCCUCGAAGAUCAGAACGAGGCCAAGCUGCAAUAUGCGACGCAGCUCAAGCGCCUCACGCACCAGCUCAAUUUUGAGACCCAGACCGUGACCAGCAUCGAGGAAAGGAUCAAAGCGCUGCAGAAGGCGCACAUGCGAGAAGAGCGCAAGAUGGAGGAAGCGGCUUCUGAGCGGGAGAAGAUCGAGGCCGAGAUGGUCACACUGCGUUCCAACAUGAAGAGCGCGAGCGACACUCUGCAGGAGCUGCAGAAGACCUACGAUUCUGCUCGCGAAGUGUACACAGGUGCAAAGCGGCAGCUGCAUCAGGCGACCAAAGCGCUCGACGCCGCCUUGAGGCAGAUUGCCUCGUGCAAUGACACGAUCGAGAAGCUUGGCGCGGAGCGUGCCAUGCUAUAUCGCCGCUGCAGGCUCGAGGACAUCGACCUUCCGCUCGUCAAAGGCUCAUUGACUAAAGUCCCGCUUCUCGAAGCGCCAAAUGCUGACUCGAUGGAGCUCGACGAGGACUCAACCGAGGCGGCCGAGGUGGACAACUUUGGUAUUGAAGUCUCCUUCAAAGAUCUGGAGGAGGAGGAGAUGGAGGAUGGGUCUGCAGUGAUGGCGCAGACUCUUCAGGAGCGCAUUGACAACAUUGUCUCAGAGAUUGAACGUAUGACGCCGAAUCUCAAGGCGACUGAGAGAUUGGACGACACCGAGACGCGCCUGGCAGAGACGGAGCAAGAGUUUGAGCGCUCGCGCAGAGAUGCCAAGGUGACUCGCGAUGAGUUCCUGCGGGUCAAAAAGCGUCGUUGCGAGCUGUUCAACAAGGCAUAUGAACACAUCUCGGAGCGCAUCGAUCCGAUCUACAAGGAGCUCACCAAGGGUAAGGCCGCGGCAAACGGAGGCACUGCCUAUCUCAGUUUGGAAGACACAGAGGAGCCUUACCUGAGCGGCAUCAAGUACCACGCCAUGCCGCCCAUGAAGCGCUUCCGUGACAUGGACCAGCUAUCAGGUGGCGAGAGGACAAUGGCUGCUCUGGCGCUGCUAUUUGCCAUUCACUCGUACCAGCCUGCUCCAUUCUUUGUCCUGGACGAGGUGGACGCAGCGCUCGACUCACAGAACGUCGCCAAGGUCAGCAACUACAUCCGCCAGCAUGCCAGUGAUGCAUUCCAGUUUAUUGUCAUUUCGCUCAAGGCGUCCCUGUACGAGAGGUCGCAGGCACUCGUCGGCAUCUACCGCGAUCAGGACCUCAACUCCAGCUCUACCCUCACACUCGACCUUGAGAAGUACGCCUAA